AUGAUUGAAUAAGAAUCUCUAAAAUAACUAAUCGAUCCCCUUUUCCGCUUCGGAGAAAUUUAAUCAAAAUUAAUUGAAAUCAUGCUCAGGAGAUGCUUGAUUUACGAAUCUCCUACAUUAAUCUACAAGAUUCUGAGCAACAUCAAUAAGCAUGAACUUGAUUGUUUACUUUACAAUUUCAAAAAUAACAUAUGUUCUGUAUUCGAGCUCAUAUACAAUCCCGCUGUAAGCAAACGUUCUCGUAAAAACUGGCUCUAAGUAGUUAUUUUAUUUGUUAAAAAAUUUGACUUAACACUUCCUGCUCACCAUGAACUUAUACUUCAUAUCCUUAAAGUAUCUACUUAUCCUGACUCAAAAAGAAAUAGGAGUUACCAAGAAGUAGAAUAUAAUGAAAGAUUAAAUUGGAUGCUCCUCAUGAAAAUAUUUAGAAGAGUAUCAAAAAACAAAAUAUUAAUGCAAAAGAUUUAUUCUAAUUUCGAAUUAAAAAAAUAAGAAGUAGAUGAAGUUAAUUCCUAUGCAUAUUCAGAAGAUUAUUUUACAACAGUAGCUCAUCUACGUUUAGUGCUAUUAGUUAGUUUACUUUACUAAACAAUCCAUGGUAACGUUACUUCUACACCCAAAGCUAGGCAUUUUCCAAUGCUUAAAUUUUCUACUUUUGUUUAGUAAAACUAAUAAUAAAUUCCAUCAGCAAUGAAUUUAUCAUAGUAACUUUUCAGUUAGCAUUCUUAAUCGAUAUUUAAUCACCAAUCAUCCUUAACAUAAAAUUAUCUCUUGAACUAAAAUCAGCAACAAAUUACUAACCUUUAAAAUUAAAAUUAAUAAGAUAGUAAUAAUCCUUAAUAGUAGUAAAACUAAGGCAGUUUAACUCCUAAUAAUAAUAAUAUAAAAAGUAAUAAUAAUAACAACAACAACAAUAAUACGAAUUGGAUUGUUUUGAACAAUAAUGGUAAAUAGACUGAUAAUCUAAGUUGCCAUAGCCUACUUAAUAAUCAAAGUUUUGUAUUCAACGUCAAUCAAAACUAAAGUCCUUAAUAAACUGCAAUAAAACAUUAAAAUACUUAUGGUGGGACAAAUAAUUAUGGAAACUAAUUGAAUGAGAAUGGAAAAGCUAGCAAUAAAUUAAUUUAGCUUAAUAAAAAUGAACCUGUAAAAAUCAAGGAUAAAAAAAUAAUAGAAAAUUUUUUUUAGAAGAGUAUAUUGCUAAAAUGUGAUAGAUAAAAAUAAAAUCACUAUGAUUGGAUGUUUAGUUCUGAAUGGUUUCUUGUUUAAUUUUGGAUGCCAUAGCUGUGUUCAAGUGAUGACUUACUUAAAAAGUAAGUUUCUUUAAAUAAAAAUUUAAAUCCUUAACUUUUCUUGUGGAUUUAAAAGAACUUACAUAUGCUCGUGCAAGAAGUUCAUGAAUUUCUCUUUUUAAGCAAAUUUAAAAUAUUUAAUAAUAAUUAUAAAGAGCUUUUAAAAAAAGUAAUACUGUCGUUCUUAUUCGAAAAUUAAAAUAAAAUUAAUUGUUAAGAUUAAGUGCAUUCUUUAGAAACACUCUAAGCUAUAAAUUAGUCUUCUUCUCCAAAGCAGAAUACUCCAACUUCUUCAAUAGCGUCAUUCUCAAUGCAUAGGAUGAGAUAAAAUAUUAAAAAAAUCAAUAAAUCAUUUAAAUAAAUAUUAUCUGUUGACAUAUCUAAAUUAUCAGAAUCAUUUUUUGUUAAUUAUUUAUCAUAUGAUUGGAGGAGUAACACAGUGAAACCCUCAGGAGAAUUUCCCUAAUAUGACCCAGGAAUAUUUUACAAAGAUCACUCUAAAAAUAAAAUAGUUAAUAUCAUAGAAAAUAUAUAUUUUUAAAUAAAUUCUUAAAAUAGUAACAGCUAAAAUUCUCUUGAUUAAACAUAGCAGCUUGAUUUUCUUUUAGGAAAUAUGAAAGCUCUUUCUACAGUAUCGAAAGUGCUUGAAAAUAUUUUUUCAAUAGAUUUUGUUUAAAUAUUGUUAAAUAAGCAGCUCAUAUAGAAACAAUUUAUUAUUCCAAUUAUGAGAACCGUGUCUCUUAUUUUGUAAUAUUCGCCUAUUACUAACCAGAUAUUGUUUCAUGAAUCUGUUGAUAGAUUGAUAAACUUAUUAGAUACAUCAAAUGCAUUUAAUCAACAGUUAAAAAAAUAAAUUUAAUGUAAACUUUAAAAAAUUAAAAGGACUAGAAAAGAAGAAAUGCAAAAUCCAAAUAGUUAGAAUUAGGAUAACUACCAAUAAAAUGUCUAAGAUGAUCAGCAAUUCUCUGAUUAUAAUCCUUCUUUGCUUCCUUAAGCUAUGAAACAUCAGCAAGGCACGAAAACAUUAUAAAAUAAUUAAUAAAAUCAAAAUCAAAUAAAUUAAAGCAAAACAAGCAGCAUAAAUAACACAUAAAAUACCCAGUAAGAAAAGGCUAGACAAGCUUAAAGAUAAAUUUUAGAAGAAUUCAAGAGAAGACAAUAAUAAUUCUCUUAAUAAAAUUAAAUAAAAGAAAUGAAAAAGGUAGACUAAAUAAAUAACAAAUAACCACAAGAGGAAAUUGACAGUUUAGUUUGCAAUAUUUGCAGUGAAUCUUAUAUAAAGAGAAGAAUUUUUUACAUAAAUUGCUAUAUCUAAUUAGAUAAUUAUUAUAAAUCAUAUAAAGGUUUAAAAACAGAUAUUAAGCAAUAACAUAAUUUUUACUUAACUACUUGUAAUCAUUUAAUGCACAAAGAUUGCAUUAUUUAACAUAUAAGAACAUCUAAUUAAUAUGAAUCUCUUCUAUAGGAAAACGAAUAUUUUUGCUAGUGCUGUUUUAGGUUGAAUAAUAUUUUCGUACCCUAUCUAGAACAGUAUGAGCGAGUAGUUCGCUUUUAAUAUAAUCCAUUAAAAUAAGUUUUAUUUGUUGAUGAGCUUUCUUAUCAGUAAAAUUAAGAAGAAACAAGCUCAGAAGGAGAUGCAUAAUAAAUAGAUAAUAUGGAAUAAGGAAUAAUCACAUCUCAAUUACCUAAAAAUCCAUAACUUCCAUUUCCUUUAGAUUAGAUCGAUCAAAAAAAUAUGAAAUAUAAAUAAAUAACAUAGCAAGGGAAAAAGAAGUCUCAUGCUGUUGGUUUCUUCAAUUUUUAAAAUAACUAUGAGGACUCGAGCUUUAUGUAGAUUAUUUAGCAAAUAGAAUCUGUAAAUGAUAAAAAUGGAUUUGUAAAUGAAAAUAGCCCUUAAAAAUUAUUAGAUAAAAACAGUGAUUUUCAAAAAUGUGAAAAAUAAAGCAGAUAAGAGUUGGAAAUGGAAAAAAUCAAAUUUAUUUUUUUAUAAAAAUAAAUUGAAGAUGGUAAAAGAAAAACAGAAAACAAUAACAAUCAGGAUGUUGCUUAAGAUGAAAUUUUGCAAGGAAAUGCAUAUCUUAUAAAAAAAAAGUAAUCAUUAACAAUGAAUAAGUAAGGACAAAACAAAUAAGGUAUUAAAUCAUUAAAAUAUCAUUCUUAAAAUAAACAAAAUGAAACUCAUAACAUAAAAAUGAAAACUGAUUCAGUUUAAUAACCUUAAUAUAAGAAUAACUAGCAAGAAAUAAUUGUUGAGGAGAAAAAGGAAUCUUCGAUUUAAGAAGAAGACCGUGUUUUAACAGAUUACUUUGAACCUGAGGUUGAUAUAAGCUAUUUAGAAGAUAUGAAUCUUCGUCUUCAACAUAUUGAUAUAAGGUAUAAUAAUAUUUUGCUUUGCUUUCAAAGUUUGCUGAUCAACUAAAUUGAAGAAAGUAUGACUAACACGAAUCAAAUUCAGGACUAUAACAUGUUAAAAGAAAGCUUUAUUAAGUCUAAAUAGUUUAACGUCUCAAGAAACUUGUUUCUUUACUUGAAAGUAUGGAGCUUUAUUGAAGAUAGAGAUUCAAUACAUGAAGCAUAUUACUUGAGUUAGAAAGAAUUAAUAGAAAAUAUUUAAUUUAAUGACUAUCACAUCUACUAAGUUUCACUUGGAAAAAAAUCUAACUUUGCUUCUAUCUUAGUUAACUUGAUGAUUCUCUUUCUCAAUAAAGAAGAAGCAUUUCUCUCUCUUUCAGCUAAAUUUAUCUAUAAAUAUUUAAUUUUUGAUAUUAUUAUUGAGAAAUCAAAAUAUUUAAAAGAACUUGAUAUUAUUCCUGAUCCAUUAAACUUUUCUUAAGAAAUAAGUGAAAACCUUUUAAAAAACUUUAAAGAAUUAAUCGAUUACAGGUUUUUAUAAAUAACGUACUGUGUUUGGAUGAUAUAUUAUGGCAAGAAAAACCAGAAAAACAUAGAAAUAUUUUUGAAUUCUAUGAUCUCCUCAGAUUUUGCUAAUGAUAUUUCAUAAGAUUCUUAUUUAAAUGAGAAUACUUUUAAUAUUCUUGCAUUUAAUCAAAAUUAAAAAUCUAACAUUUUACUUCCUGAAAAUACAAUAAUCAAUAAUUCUUAAAGUAUAUUUAAAGUACCUGUAAUCAAAAAUUUUGCUAGCAUUGCUGAUGUAGCUAAAAAUUUACUAAACUAAUAAAUAUUAGAUGAUUUGUUUUAUAUAUCUAUAAAUAAAAAGAUUUCUCAAUUUAACAAUUACAAAUAAUUUUAGCUUUAAUUGACUCUUAAUUUGCAAGUAUCAUACAGUGAUUUUAUUUAAUGUCAUUUCUUUGGAAAAUGCUCUAUCUGCCACAGAUAUCCUCAAAGUAAUCAGGAAGGUUAUUAUAUGUGUUUGAUUUGCAAUUCAAAUCUAUGUGCAAAGCAUUUUGUCAAUAUUACCAACAAAAAAUCUACAAAUUAGCAGAAUAAUCAAUAAAUAACAACAGAGUUAAAAAAGCAAUACAGUAAUACCCUAAUAGAGCAUACACAGUAACAUCACUCAGGUAUGAGCAUGUACUUAAAUUAUAGUUCCUCUUAAGUAGUUAUUGUAAGAGAUAGCGAGAUGUUUAUUUAAAGAUAGCUCUUACUCUAUAAAGACUAAAUAGGAAGACCUCCUAAUAUUAACAAUGAUUGGAAAAAUCAAGUAUAAAUUUGCAAUAAUACUCAAAAAGAGCUUCAAGAUCUUAUAAAUAAAAAAGAUUUUGAUUAAAAAUGUAUGCAAAUUAAAAGAAUUUUAUUUGAUUAACAAUUAGACUAAUAAGAAAUUUUAAUGAGAAGAAUGCUUAUGAAUAAUGAAAACCAAGUGGAAGCAAAUAAUUAAACAGGAGUAUAAAAUCGGUAAAAUAGCAACUAACAAAGGCAAAUUAGAUAGCAAUAGAGAGUAAUAAAUAACUAAUUACGUAAUUAGUAGGAUGGACUAUCUCUUAAUUAAUAGUAGGAUACAUAAACUCUAGAUCUUAAUCAACAAGAUAGAAUAGCUAACAUAAACGUAGCUUCCAAUCAGAAUUCAUAAAAUUUAUAAGGAGUUACAUAGAAUAUAAAUAGUAAUUCCAAUAGUAAUAAUAAUAUAAAUAAUAACUAACUUUAUACUAAUUAACAAAAUUUUUCAUCUAAUGUGUUUACGACACUAAACUUUUGA